CAUCCAGAACAUGUCAGAGCACCUGGAGGAAACCCACGCUGACACAGGGAGAACAUGCAGACUCUGCACAGAGGGGAUUGAACCAGCAACCCUCUUGCUGUGAGGCACAGUGCUAACCACCACACCACCGUGCCGCCUGAGUGAAGAACUGUAUCUUAUAUUAGUAAACUGAAUGUCUUCAUGUUUUGGACUCUAGGUCCUUCAUGUGAUUUGUUCCCACUGUGACAGAUUAAUGAUCUUAUUCUUUGAGUUUCUGUUUUUAGACUUAUGUAAAUAAAACACUGGUUUAAAUGUUAUUUUUUAGAUAAUGAAGGAAUAAUCAUGUUCCCAGCUUCAGAUAAAGGCCAGUGUGUAUUCACAGUGUGUCUCUGUGAGUCAGGUCCUGACAUCGGUUCCGUUUCUCGCUCCUCUGCCGCAGAAACGAAAGUGAAACUAGGCUGAAGCUCAACGCAGCUCCGCCGCCUGUUUGUGUCAGUCAGUCGGUGUGUGUGAGUGAGUGUGUGUGAACCGGACAGCAGCAUGGAUGAACCCAAGUGUCCGCCGGUGACCGUGGAGGGGGACUGGAGUCCGGCUCAGACCAAAAGCAUGAAGAACAAACUGCAGCUGUACUUCCAGAGCAAGAAGAAGUCCAGCGGAGGAGACUGUCGGGUGGAGGCGGAGGACGGAGCUCCGAGGGCCGCCGUGUACUUCAGAUCAGAGGACGUGAGAGAGCGAGUCCUCGCCAGGAAGAACCAUGAGAUCAUUCUGGAGAAUCGAACAGUGACGUUACGUCUGAUUUCUGCAGCUGUAAGUAGAGACGAUGUCACAGACACGUUUAUAUUAUGUAAUAUAUAACAUACACAAGCUUCAGUGUAAUAACUGUGACCUCUGACCUCUGGGAUUUGUAGUUCUACGGUUUUUCAAAUUUUAUUUUAAAGACUACAUUUCAUGCCAACCUCAGGUUACACCUUAACCUUUCCUCCAGCGCCACCUUCAGGACCAACUUCACAUGUUCAGCUGCCCCCAGUGAGAUUUAGGGACACCAGGAGAAUUUAAUUUUAACUCCACUUACAAGUUUUCUCUGCACCUUUCGACCACGUCUCUCGGUCUGUGUCAGUGCGCGGAGCUCUGUCAGUCGACCUGAGAUCAGUUCCUCAUUAUUCUCUGCUCUUGAAAUAAAAGCUUCAGUCAGA